UGUUUUGUCGGCUUAGUGCUUACUGAUCUGUGACCUGUGUUCUUAAUUUAAUUCCUUUUAAUUCUUAUCCAGUCGGAUUUCCAAUUGAUUACAUACUCUUUGGGUAAUUUGUGAAUUAUUGUGUCCAAAACGUAGUGUUUACAUACUCUUUGUGACUGUCCAAACUUGUUGGCCAACGCUGCACAAAAGUACCUACCGAAAAGUUGGAUUUUGGAAAGACAAUAAUUGAUACUCGUAUAGAGCCAGAGGGGUACCUAGCUUUAGUAAAUGUAGUAAAUCUACGUUUACAUUGUUGACAUGACAUUGGGAAGUUAAAAGUAUCCAAAAAAUAUUUCAUGAUGUUAUAAUAGCAAAACUACAACGUCAUUAACAACCUAUAAUCAUCAUUUAAAUUACCCAUUUGCUGGAUUAAAUCAGAAUGGAUGAUUUAUAUAUUGCUGUGGUGUGUUCUUCCAAUAUGAAUAGAAGUAUGGAAGCGCAUGCUUUCCUAGCUAAAAAAGGGUUUAAAGUUAAAUCAUUUGGAACUGGAGAAAAAGUCAAGUUGCCAGGAGCAUCAGCAGAUCGUCCUAAUUGUUAUGAAUUUGGUAUCCCUUACGAUGAUAUUUAUAAUGACUUGCUAGAAAAAGACAAGGCGUACUAUACACAGAAUGGUUUACUACACAUGUUGGACAGAAACAGACGAAUCAAACCAUGCCCAGAGAAGUUCCAAGUUAGCUUAGAACGUUUCGAUGUUAUCAUAACUUGUGAAGAACGGGUGUACGAUCAAGUGAUUGAAUGGUUUGGCUCUAAAAGGUCUAUUUAUAAUCAACCAGUACAUGUUAUUAAUAUAGAUAUUCAAGAUAACCAUGAAGAAGCUACAAUUGGAGCAUUCUUAAUCAGUGAUAUGGUUACCAAAAUGGCUCAAAGUGAUGACCUAGAUAAUGACAUUGAUGAACUGUUACAUGAUUUUGAGUCAAAGUGCCACCGUCCUGUGCUCAACUGUAUUAUGUUUUACUAAUAAGUUACAAAAAUUCCAGCAAUCAAAGUUGAUCAUCUUCUGGUGCUAGAAAAUAACCAAACAACAAUACUAAGUAGUAUUGUUUUUUUGUACUUACAUUGUAAGUUUAUAUGAACUAACAAUUUGUAACCUACACCAAUGCUUCGCAUCUGACUUAUUUAUUACAAGUUCUGUUGAGACAGUAGCAAACAUUAAAUGGUAUUACUAAAAUGGAUUCAGACUUCAGAGAUAGGUAUGUAUCAUUUAGAAAGCAAAGUGUAACAAUAAUAAAAUAUGAGACAUUGCCAUUUAGGCAGGCUGUAUUAUACUAUCAGAAAAUUGCCUAAAAACUUGGUUGCACACUUUCAAAACAUAUAAGAAAAUUAGAAGAAUAAGAAAAUAUAGUUGGCAAAAUUCUCAACCAGGUUUAGUACAAAACGUAAUGAGCAGAGUAUUCUCUGGCUCACAUCUUGGCUCAUUUUACUGUCACAAUUUUCUCAUUCAGAGAGACCCAUAGAGGGACAAUAGAGAGACCCAUAAGGAAUAUCAUGAUAAUGACAUUGACAAUUUUUGUUUUGGCCUUGAGUAUAAAGUGGAGAUUUUUAUGGUGUACGUACUUCACCAUACAAACAUAUGACUAUUAUUUGUUAUUCUAGAUCUAUAAACUAAGCCUUGUCGAUUUAUCUCUCCAUUAUCUAUGUCCUAAAAUAAAUAGUAAGUCAUAUUUCUUUUGAAAGUUAUGACCCUUGAAAAAUCUCCCAUUUUAGAGCAAAUGAGGCAACUUCGUGCAUAAACUAUAUAAGCACCUAAAAAAUUAAAAAAUUAACAGUCAUGUCACACUUUAUAAUAAUUUCAAAUGUGUUUAGUUUGAGUAAUAAAAUCAUUUUAUUUUGGGAAAAAUAGGUGUAAUUCCAAACAUCUCCUUAUAUUAAAUUCUUAGAUUAAAUUCUUCCUUUGCUAUUUCUAAAAAAUGCGAAGUUAAUUCACCAGGCCUCUUUUGGAUGAGGUGCGGUUUGAGGGAAAGGAUGACACACAGUUAUUUUCAUCUGUGAAAAUGGCACUAUACCUACCAACAAGUUGUCCCUACCGUGAAUGGGGCUCUUAAGUUUACUUUGACAUUGUAAAAAUCUGAAAGUUAAUGAAUAAUAAUAAUUGGAUUUAUUUUCUGAGAAAUGUCCACAAGUCUAGUCAAUAUCAAGAGAUAUUUAAUUUGUAAUGUGGGCAUGUCAUUUUAUAGUCAGGAUGUCACCAGGUGUAGUAUGUGUAGUACUCAUUUUGUUCAUAUUUGCUCAAUACUGACUUGAUUGUGGGUUGAAACCUUUUUCAGAAAAGAUGUCCAAAUAAUUAUUAUUAGUACUGUUUCAUGGCUGUGAAUUUCUUUUGAAAUGCCUACUUGGAACUCUAACUUUACCCUUUUAAAACCUGACAAUUUUUUUCUUGACAUUUUAUGUUAUACUUAAUAAUAAUAUAAUCAUAGUUUUUGUAUAUUUUUAAAAGUAGGUUUAUUCAGUAGUACUUGAAAAAAGUAAAUAAAUGAGUAUACAAUAUCUGUUUUAA